AUGCUUGCUAAACUUUUUGUCAUCGCCUCGAUCGGUCUCGCUGCCGCCAACGCUCAGUUCCAAUUCAAAGACACCUACCCUGCAGCCUACACCGUUCCAACUCCUAAACCCGAGUGGCUCGACCUGAUCAAAGACGUUAAGAUCACUAACGCCCCUCCUCUUACUACUGAAAACGGUGUCCUUGUUACACCUUCCAAUGUCAACGAAGACCCUUACUGCACUUGGACCUUUACGCAGUGCCUUGGUCCUGACGAUGUCCAUACUUGCCCUACCCAAAAAUGGAGCUUGACCUACGAUGAUGGACCUAGCCAGUACACACCAAAGCUCUUGGACUUCCUCAAAGAGAUCAACGAAAAAGCAACCUUCUUCGUCGUCGGUGGACAGGUGCUCCAGUACCCCGAAAUCUUGAAGCGUGCAUAUGAUGAAGGCCACGAAAUCGCUAUGCACUCCUGGUCUCACAAGAACAUGGCCACCUUGACCAACGAAGAAUUGGUCGGUGAGCUCAAGUGGAACGAGCAGGUUAUCAAGGAAGUUAUUGGCGUUUCGCCUCGUUUCUUCCGUCCUCCCUUCGGUAACAUGGACGACCGUGUCCGUGACAUCGUCAAGGCCCUUGGCUUCACUCCUGUAAUCUGGUCCGUUGAUACCAAUGAUUGGUACCUUACUGAGCACGCUGACACCUUCCCCGUCAGCUAUAUUACUGGCAACGUCACUCAAUGGGCAUCCCAGGCCGCGACCACUGGUGGUAACUCGUUGGGUCACGAUCUUUACGCAGAAACCGUCGAUGCCGCCAUCGAAUAUAUUCCCAUCCUCUCCAAAGCCUUUGAUUUGACCUCUGUUGGUGAGUGUAACAACUUGCAAUCAUACAAAGAAGGUGCAGGUAACAUCACACCUCAGCCCAGCAAGUCCGGCGACGCUGCCACUCCUUCCAACUCUUCUGAAAGCCAAAAGGAAGAAGAAGAGAAGAAAGAGGAGAAAAAGGACGAGGACAAGAAGAAAGGUGAAAAUGAAGAUGAGGAUGAAGAUGAAGAUUCCGAGAUCAAGGCUCAAGAAGAUGACAAUGAAAGUGGCGCCUCUACACUUUUCAGAGCUUCGUCUUCGGGUGCUUUGAUGAUCGCUGCUGCUGUCGCAGCUGUCCUCUCCAACUAAAAAAAAUGAUAUCUAUUAUCCUUUAAUCG